AUGUACCACGAACAAAGGAUAUCAUCGUCAUCAUCGACAACCACAUCCAACGGUACUAUCAGACCGCCUAGACCGCCUUCCGUCUCAUCACUUAGACUUCAACAUCAACGUGGACCACCAUCUCGUUCAAGUACUUUACAAUCCCAUUCGAGAAGACAAUCGAUAGAUACAAUCGACCAGGGCUAUCACUCACAACCACCUUCACCGAUCACAUACUUCCCCAACCCAUCUUCAUUUCAAUCCACGCCUGUACAAUCCGCUUCCACUUCACCCGUCGUUAGUACCUUCUCCAUGUCCAACAGCGUCAGUUCCCUACCUGAAGAAGCUGAAUCAUCGACACCUAGAAUGUCUUUGGUGAAUAUAGAUUCAGCAGGAUCGAGUCCUAGAAUGACGAGGGAGAGUAAAAGAAGAGAAAGCGUUCCUGCUUCUAGAGCAUUCACAACUCCAAUAGGUGGAUAUGGAUCAACGCGCGAGAAUAUCAAUCCAGGUUUGGGAUUAGGUCCAACACCUUCAAUGUCAGCUAUAAAUGAUCCGACAUUAUCAUCACCAAGAAGGAUAUCGACUUCGAGAGUCCCACCUCCUUUACAUAAAUCAACUCCACCACAGGGUCUGUUGAAUCCACCGACUCACGAAGCCUAUUAUUCCGCUUCACAACCAGGUACAGCCACCACUUCUAGAUUUAGGGAUAAAGACCUUUCCCAUCCACACAGUGCACUGCCAGCGCAUGGUUAUUCAUCUUCAUCGUCACAUCGUAGACAUCUUUCAGUGAACUCGCAUGUACAUUCGCCGCUCUUCGCCAACCCUAGUAAACCUCAAAGUCCGACUGGAUCGGUGAUGAGAAAAUUAAGAAAGACUGCUAGUGCCGUUGGUAUAGGUGUUGGAAGACCGGAUAACUACGACGAUGAGGCGUCUAGGGGAAGAGCUGAUGAUGAGAUGUUGGAAGACGAUGAAGGAGAGAGGGCGAACGGGACUAGGGUGUGGUAUAGCUCAUAUGUUACGAUUGAUUGGAUUCAUGAUGCAAUCAAGGAAUCAUCGCGAGUACGACGACUUCGUGUCGGCGCUCAUAAAUCGUUGCGAGGCAAAUUUAUCAACGGAUGGGAUCGUUUUCAAGGCUGGUUCAUUGUCACUCUUGUUGGUAUACUGUCCGCUGUCAUAGCUUUCUUCAUCAUACGCGCCGAAAUGGCUUUGUUCGAUAUGAAGGAGGGAUUCUGCGGUAGCUCAUGGGGCACAGCCAAAAGGUUCUGCUGCGCUCCAAGGCAUCCAUCUGGUGGUGAUGCGGGAGAUGAGGAGAAUUGCGGGGACUGGGUCGAAUGGGGGGAGUUCUUCGCGCCAAACGAAAGAAAUGGUCCAGAAGGUGCAUGGGUCUGGGGAGGGCCAGAAUUCAUCGCUUAUGCGAUUGUAGCUAUCUCUCUAGCGAUCCUCGCUUCCUUAAUGACCAUUUACCUAUCCUCUUCAGCGCAUCAUACCACGUCGAAAGAUUCCACCUUCCUCACCCCACCUUCUGAUUCUAAUCCAAAGUCAAACAAACCACCUUCAGAUUCUCAUUCAAGUGCGAACGAGAGACGACCAUUACUCGAAGGCAUAGCCAAUGAGCCAAUCACUCCGUUAAACGAAGCCUUUCCUAACGUCGAACCGCCAAGAAAGGUGAUGUUCUAUGCUGCCGGCUCAGGUAUACCAGAAAUCAAGACUAUUUUGAGCGGAUUCGUCAUCCAUGGUUAUCUAGGUGGAUGGACGUUGAUUACAAAGAGUGUUGGAUUGGCAUUGAGCGUUGCAAGUGGAUUAAGUCUGGGUAAAGAAGGUCCGCUGGUGCAUAUCAGUUGUUGUGUGGGGAAUAUAGUAUCGAGGUUGUUCCUGAAAUUCGAAUGCAAUGAAGCCAAACGACGAGAGAUCCUCUCUGCAGCUUGUGCAGCUGGUGUUUCGGUAGCUUUUGGUGCUCCUGUUGGAGGUGUCUUGUUUUCACUGGAAGAGGUGUCUUACUAUUUCCCACCGAAGGUCAUGUGGAGAAGCUUCUGGUGUGCUGCGGUAGCUGCAAUCACGCUGAAGACUCUUAAUCCAUUUGGUAAUGGAAGCUUGGUGCUAUUCAACGUCACAUAUACCAAGGAAUACCAUUCGUGGGAAUAUGUAAUCUUCAUCAUUCUAGGCAUCUUCGGGGGCCUAUACGGUGCCGUCUUUGCCAGGCUCAAUAUUAUUUGGAGUAGGCGGGUAAGAAAUGGCACUUGGCUGAAACAACAUCCGAUCUUUGAGGUUGCUCUAGUCACCCUUCUUACAACUCUGGUAUCCUUUCUCAACCCUUACACGCGAAUGGGCGGUACUGAGCUCGUAGCUAGUCUGUUCGAAGAGUGCAACUCUUCAUCAACGAGCCGCUUAUGCGUUGACCACCCUCACGAGAUAGCUUCCGUUGUAUGGAGUAUAGGAACAGCCUUGCUCAUCAAAGGUUGUCUAACAAUCAUUACAUUUGGUAUCAAGCUGCCUGCGGGAAUCUUCAUCCCUUCCCUGGUGGUGGGAGCCUGUUUUGGAAGGAUAGUGGGACUACUCAUGGAGUACAUCGAAUACACAUAUCCUUCAUUAAUGAUUUUCGAUGUAUGUCGAGAAACAGAUUGUAUUGUCCCCGGAUUGUAUGCUAUGGUCGGAGCCGCUGCGACCCUCGCUGGAGUAACACGAACCACCGUUUCCCUCGCUGUCAUCAUGUUCGAACUUACCUCAACGUUGAAUUACGUCGUUCCCGUGAUGCUAGGAGUAUUGAUCGCUAAGACUGUUGCUGAUGGUCUGGAGAAGAAGGGAAUAUACGAUCUGGUUAUCGACCUCAAUCAACUACCAUACCUCGACCAGAAACACGAAUACCUAUGGGGAUCAAGAAGAGCAUCAUCCGUUGCAGACAAAUCAGUCCCUAUCUUGAGAGCGGACAAACAACAUACCGUCAGAUCACUCACUGGGAAAUUACUUGAAUUGGUCAGGCUAGGAAUGGCAGAUACAGGUUUCCCCGUAUUGGUCAAAGAAGUCACUGCGAAUGGCGGACAUUCAGGACUGGGAUUGGAAGGCGGAAUGUCAUCGGGAAGGGAGAGAAGUUGUUUAAGAGUUGUGGGAUUUUUAGGCAUGAACGAGUUGGAACAUGCUUUGUCUGAACUAUCAGACGAACCCGAUGCGACUCUCAAUCUCAUGCCAGAUGACGCAUCGACUCAUCGAAACAGAUCAUCUCAAAUGUCUAUCUUCUCGUUCGCCGACUCAUUUGCCGACGGACAAUGGUCUCCAUAUGACCUGAGCCGAUACAUCGACAGGGCACCGAUAACGGUGCAGAUGCAUUCACCUCUGGAAUUGGUCCAACAGCUAUUCGUCAAACUCGGCGCUAGGCAAAUUAUCGUCACCAAUUCAAGAGGUGUGUUUCAAGGUAUCGUAACGAAGAAGAACUGGUUGAACUUCUUAGCGGAAUUGGAAGAGGAUGGGCAUUAA